GACCCCUGACCUAUUUUCACCUGCCAUGUGUCAAUCAACCAUGACGCCUUUAAACCAACUGUAUUGACGACGCGCUGCCAUUGGUCAAAGUGAAGACCAAGGGGCGGGACAUAUGAAAAUCUCCCUUCUGAUUGGACGAGGGCGUGCGGCUGGUGGAAGUUCUGCAGGCGGGUUCUGAAAUGAAACAGUUUGCAAGUUGGAUGGGAAGCAGGAAGGAAGAUUAAAGAAGACUCUCUCGGAACUCUGACUGCCUGCCUUGGAUAAAGUCACUGAUAUAAGGAGACACGCACAGCCUCAAAGGGGCGGGGCCAUGUCUGGUGGCAACAGUGCUAACAACAGCUGGACCAUCGUCAGUCCUGAGGAGCCUAUUGCUGGAACCGUGAGGCCUCUGGAGGAUGUGACAAAGCAUCAUGAGCAAGGCGGUAGUCCAAGCAACCAGCCUGCAGAGGAUGCCGCAUCUUCACGGAGUCUUACUGGGGUAGACCACAUGGCAGCUGAUGAGAGAAAGAAAGACCUGAGUGGAGACUCUGAUCAUCCCUCCUCCAUGCCCUCAUCUGUCACUGAUGACCCUGUUCUCUCCCACCAUGCACUCGCUGACUCCACAAGUCACGCGACACCCUCCUCUAAUGAGCCCGCAGGCUUUCCGCUUAGCACAGAGACUCUGGGAGGGGCUGAGCUCACAUCGGAGGGGAGGUUGACACAAGAGGGAGCAGAGUGUCUUCUACAGAAGGUCGAGGAUAUACAGAAGGAAGGGGAGGACUUGCACCUGGCUCCAACGUGUGCUGAAAAACACACAGACUCGCAGUGUUUGGAUGAAGAAAAAGCAAAGGAGUCCAAGGAGCAAUCAGACACCGAGGAGAAGAGGAGGACUCUCCUGGCAUCUCUGGAGCGGAUCGGGAGGAUAGAUGAGGAAGAGGAGGAAGGAGAGGAAGAAUUCCAUCUGCCACAACGGGAGGACGACAGUAUGUUCUCCCUGAACAGGUGCAUCCUGGGUGCGGUCAUCCUGGUCAGCCUGGGAACCAUUCUGUUCUCAGGUGUCUUCAUGGACCUGGAUGACGACAGUGACUCCAUUACCAGGGAUUUUAGAGAUGCCGAGGAACCAGGAAAACAGGAGUGGCUUCAUCCAGAAAUUCCCUCAUCCCCAGUAGAUGCCGACAGCUCUGAGCUUCUGAGCAAAAUUGCCAAAGGAAACCAGCAGAUUUCUGUUCUGCAAGCCCAACUACAGGUGCAGAAAGAAGAGCUGAAUGCGGCAAAGGGUCAAGCGGCGAAGGGAGAAUCGCAGCGUCUGCGCUGGGAGGAGGAAAACAGCAGGUUGAAGUCAGAGAUGGCGUCCCUCCCUCUCCUUCAGAAGGAGAACGACAAGAUGAAGCGAGAGCUGGAGACGCUGUCGACCCUUCAGAAAGAACUUGAGACCCUCAGGACAACUGUCAGCGAGUGGAAACGCACAGUGCCCUCAAGUGGUCAUCUAGCAGACGCACAACAGGCGGCAUCUCCUAAACACGGGAAAGAACACAAAGAGACGUUUCAGAGGAAGGAUAAACACGACCGGGGAGAGAAAAAAGAGUGGAAGGAGAGCAAAAAGUCAGAAUGGAAAGAAGGUGAGAGACAUGAGCGCAAGGAGGCAAAAGGUGUGAAACGUGAGCAAGACAAGGUGAAGAAAGGGGAAGGACAGCCUGAGAGAAAGAAUGAGGAGAAAGAGCGGAAGAAGGAGAAAGUGAGCCGAGGAGACGAGGGACAGAUGUGGAAGGAGAGAGGUGAGAAGACGGAGAGGAAGGGGAAGGAAUGGAAGGAGGACAAAGAGUGGAAGAAGGACAAGCAUGAGAAGAAAACGAAGGAGUGGAGAGGAGGAAAAGCUGAAGAAGAGAGUCACAAGAUGAAGGACAAGUGGAACGGGGGAAAGAAAGUGAAGGAUGGCUUUGAGGAACAUGGCAAGGAAAAAUGGGAGAGAAGCGAGAAGAAGAAGAAGGAUGGGAACUGGAUGAAUAAAAACCCAAAAGAGGAGAGGAAACAUUGUGAGGAUUCCAAAAAACAAGAAAAAGAGAAGGAUGAGUGGAAGAAUCAGAACAGGAAAGGUGAUCCGCAUUCCAUGAAGGCAAUGAAAAAAGGGAGGAGGAAAGAGGACAGCGGAGAGUGGAGAGAAGAUCCCACACAUGGAGAUGUGCACACAGUCACUGGUUACCACCGUCAGCACCAGAAGGAGCACCUGUGGACAUCACCGCUCCUCCAUCAGGACCAGGCGGACUACUGGACCCAGCAGAGGAACCGCCUCCACAGGAAACCCAAAGCCCCCGAGCACUGCCCCUCCCCGGAGGCCUGCGCCCAGGCGGAGGGCCUGCGCCCUGUCCCCUUUGCCCAGUUCCAGACCCUCCUCCAGGCCUACCUGGACAAGGCGGAGCAGGCCGGCGUGGACUCCUCCCAGAGAGAGGCCCUCCAGAAGCUCGCCGCCGAGUUCUUCCGGGACGGCGUUUUCGUGCACGAGCGGGCCAACUUCCGUCGCUUCGUCAAGGACGUGGCCGACAUUCUUGAAGACAUGGUGGAAGAGGACGACGAGGACGAAGAGGACGGCGCGCUGGAGGACGAGAUGGAGGCGUUCGGAAGGGAAGCGGUGGAGAGGUUCCUAGCGGCGGGGGGGGAGACACACAAAGGCGAGGGGAAGAAGGAGAGCGGGCGAGCGAGCGGCUGAUAGAGAAAGUUCUAAGAUGGAACAUUGGGGAACAUUUCAUUUCAUUUAGUGCCUAUGUUUUGAUUGCAUAACCAGGCAAAUGUUCCGCAUAUCAAGAAGGAACGUACUGUACUGUGCUGUGCGGGAACCUUAUUAUUGACACCAUUCUGUUGGUUUCCAUGGUGAUGUUUCAUUGGCGGGAAAUAGUGCUUUUUCUUUUUUAUUAAGUAAGAAGUCCUCUAGGAAUAUUUGUACAUACUUGCAUUUGAUUUUUAAGUUAAACACAAAAGGUAACUUUUUUUUUUGCUCAUUUUGGCAUUUCAUAGGAAGGCACAUAAAAUACUUUUAUAAGCUUGUUUGUAGCGUUUCAGUUACAUAAUCCUACACUUAAGUGUUGUCAAGUUUGUGUGUUAUUAUUGAACAUAUUGACAAAUGUUUAGUGUUUACUUUUGCUUAUUUUCAGCAUGGAAACUUUCAUUCUGUUAGAAUGUUGAUAUUGUCACUUGUGUUGUUGCCAUGGCAGUGGUUUAAUAAAGUUGGGCACCCUA